GCCACAUAUGGUCAGUCAGUUUCAUGUGACAGAUCAACAGUCCCAGCUCAAUAGGCGUAGGGGUGACUGGACGAGCAAGUUUUAAAGUGCAACUCUGAACUGCUUUACAUGUGUGCAAAGCACCGCUUGUUGUUUAUAUACCGCAAACUUCAAGAAAGUACCGUCUCCUGCAAAAUCAUUGAAAAGACACCAAGCCAAGCAUGAUGGCUAUGUAUUUCUUCGCAUCUGAUCAGGUGGUACUACUAUUUGACUUCUGGAAUAUUCACUCUAUAGAAGGAUUGGUGCUGACAGUGGUGAUUGUUCUGCUUAUGACAGUCACUUAUGAAAUGCUAAAAGUGGAAACAGUGAAACUGGACAAGAAAAUAUUGGAUCUGAUGGCAGCAGCACCACCUAACCCUCCAGACGAAACAGCAGAGACGUUACCUAUAAAUCCAGACUCUCAGAACAUCUCCUGUAAAAGGUGGAUAUGGGUUCAUGUGCUCCAGUCUGUUUUGCACAUUAUCCAGGUCGUCCUCAGCUACUUUUUGAUGCUUUGUGCCAUGUCCUACAAUGUAUGGGUUUUCCUGAGUAUAAUUGCUGGAGCUGGAAUUGGGUAUUUUGUGGCAUACCCACUGAUCAAGACUUGUUAAUUGGCAAUGGUGUGCUCCUGUAACUUUUCAUUCAGAACAGAAACAGCCACAUUGCGGAGAAGAUCUGUGAGAAACAGAUGGAUUGGAUCAUCGUCUUUGAUAGUCUCAGAGAAACAUUAUGUCUUCUUUAUACCACAAUUUUACGCAGAAGCAUGUCAAACCAAGCCAUAUAACUGCCUUCCAGGGACUACUGCUCUGCAUAUCUACAACUUUGGGCAAUUUUUACCAUUGUUUUCUAUUUAAUGCUUUGGGUGACUUUUAAAGAAAAAGGUGCGAGUAUAUAUGCUGCACUGAAUAUGAAUACUGUAUAAUUUUUUUGAUUUUUGGUUUAAUAACUUGCAACAGAUAUUGAAUAGUUUGCAGUUUAAAUGUACUGAUAACUAUAAAUUUGGUCAAAUGUGUUGGAAGACAGUGAAUAUCUAGACCAAAUGACCUGAAAUGACAUGUGUAAUACAAAAUAAUAAUGACUGAGGGUGUGAGUGAAUCACUGUCGAUUUCAGCAAAGCCACUUGAAACAGAUUGAACACAAGGGCUAUUGCCCGAAGAUUAUUAACUUUGAAUUGCGUCACAUGGAUGUGGAAAUAUUUGAGCCUCAGUAUAGUUCCAAACAUUUCUUCAUGGUGUUAGAUUAUUGCAGCUGUGUUUUUUUUUAAAUUCAUUCAUGGGGUGAGGGUUUCACUGUCUAUUCCAGCAUUUGAUUGCCUAAGUUAAGAAUCAACCACACUGCUGUGAGACUGGACUCACAUGUAGGCCAGACCAGGUUUUCCUUCCAUAAAGGACAUUUGUCAACGUGUCCAGAUGGGUUUUUCUGACAAUCAACAAUGGAUUCAUGGUCAUCAUGAUACUCUCAAUUCCAGAGUUAUUUUAUAACCAUGGAAGGAUUCAAACCCAGGUCUGCAAAAUAUUACCUGGGUCUCUAGAUCAACAGCCUAGCGAUAAUGCCACUAGGCCAUAAACCUCCCUUGUGAAGUGGAUUAUUUAUUUGCUCGUAUGUAGACAAGGACAAAAUACUCUUGCAAACUUUUUUCCUCCUCCUAAAUUCAUUGAGCCUGGUAACACAUCCCAAAGACUCAUACAAUACCACAUUCAGGUAAACGACAACAAUUGGAUAUAUUGACAGUCUAGUAACUUUAAACAGAUGGGUUGUUUUAGGAAGAUUCAUUAAAGAAUUAAAAUAAUAGUGCUAGAAUUUAACUAUAGCUGAACCGACCAAAUGGGCCUGAAUGUGUUUUGUUAUGUUUGAGAGCUCAAUGAUAAUGAUAAUAAAGGUUAAUGAUAUUAAAUGGGCUUGUACUUACAAGGUUUGUAACUUGGCAAAUAGAUGAGUAAACUCCAAGGAUGUCCGCAUUGUUAGAAACAUUACAAUCUGAAUCAAAAAUGAAUGUAGUUCUUUUAAAUUGUACAUCUGGAAAGUCAGCUGAACAUGAAAAGCUUGUCCUUCAAAAGGUAUUAACUUAGCCUUACUUUCCUCUAACCCUAAUUUGACUUAUUAAACUCCUAAUGGGACAACGAUUUUGCUCGUGCAAAUCAGAGUUAAUUCCAAACAUCAGAAAUCACACGAUACCAGGUUAUAGUCCAACAGGUUUACUUGAAAUCACAAGCUUUUUCGGACCACUACUGUUUCAUCAGGUGAAGUGAAAAAAUGCAGACAGGCACAGAAUUUAUAGGCAGAGAGAUCAAAAGAUUGUACAAGUAGUGUGAGUGGAGUGUCGACAGGCCGAAUAACACGUCUCUGCAGGUGUAAGUAAAGUGUCAACAGCUGAAUAAUAAAUGAAGGGAUGACCUAUGAUCUGAUUAAUUGAGGCAGACACAAUUACAAAAGAUAAAAAUAAAAUGUUGCUGGAGAUGAACCAACCGGCUGGAAUAACAUGAUGGACCCUUGGCAUGCGACUCUUAUACCUAAUUAAAGUAACAAGUAAUACAAACUGUACAAAAAGUAAGGUUGACAGACAGCAAGGAAAAUUUUACAAAUACGGAACAGUAUGGUGGGGUUAGAUGUAGCUUGACAUGAACGCAAUAUCACAAGAUACACAACAACACAGAAUAGGCAAGCGGAAACUGAUAGCCAAGUUCCGUACCCAUGAAGACGGUCUCAACCGUGAUAUUGGGUUCACGUUACGCAACAUGUAACCCUGCCACACUUCUGUUUUUAUAAAAUCUCCAUGACUGCCCUGAUUUGACACCAUCAACUUGGUAACUUAUGAUCUUUCUACCUUCAUUAAUUUGUACGGCUUUGUAUUACUUGUUAUUUUGUUUAGACCCUUGGCAUGUGAUUCUUAUACCUGUCACGUUAUUCCAGCUCACACUGUCUGACACUUUUGAUCAUCUGCAGAGACAUGUCAUUUGGUUUGUCAACAGCCCACUCACACCAUUUGUACGAUCUUUUGAUUUAUCUGCCUCUAAAUUCUGUGCCUUUUCUUCACUUCAUCUGACAAAGGAGCAUCACUCCGACAGCUUGUGAUUUCAAAGAAACCUGUUGGACUAUAACGUGGUGUCAUAUGAACUUCUGACCUUGUCCACCCCAUCCCAACCCCGGCACCUCCACAUCAUGAAUUCCAAAUGUGCUAGAGAUUUAAGUCAUUGGGCUGUUCAGACAAUACUUCAGGUAUUUCUGGAGAUUUAAUCUCCUCCCUCUAAUAGUUUAAUCAACCCAAUUAUUGCAGUCGGCUUAAUAUUCAAUCUGCCAUUACCCAGGAGCAUUCUUAACUAAAACCAAGAUAGUACCAAGCCACAAGAAGCAUAUGACACAUUUGGCUUUCAGUAUAUCUUAAAACAAGCAAACAGCUUUCAGUUGUAAACAUUGCACAAAAAUCAAAAUUUACAAUACAUUAAACUAUAACUUCAAACUCUUGUGGCACCUAGAUUGAUAAUGAUGCCCAACUGUAUUCACAAUUUUAACACCUUUAAACGUUAGAAAUUCUGACUGCAAAGUUAAAUGUGGGAUUUAAAGACAUCUUUCAGGACACAACAAUGGGAUUAGUUCAUUUAGCCUUUUUUUCUGCCAGUGAGAACAUGGUUGAUCAUUAUACAAACUUCAUACAGGUUCUUUUGUCUCAUUUUCCCUUAAAUACUUUUGGUUAAAUGAGCAAGUGAAAAAAAAUCAGAGCAAAAUUAAUAAAGCUUAACGUUACAUUUGUGGACAAGAACUCCCAAGUUUCUACCACUGUGUGUGUGUGUGGAAACGUUUCCCAACUUCACUGCUGAAUGGCCUGUUUCUAAUUUUUAGGCCAUGUUCUCUAACCCUAGCCUGCACAACCAAAUAGGUCUUCUGGCACAAUGGUAGUGUCCCUGCUUCUGGGCCAGAAGACUUGGAUUCAAGUCCUACCUGCUCCAGAGGUGUCUCAUAGCAUGACUGGUAGGUAGAUUUAAAAAUAUCUAUACUCCCCAAACGGCAGGAAUAUUUUCAGGGUGAUGUGUGAUUUCGUUUGGGUCAGAGGGAAAAUGAUGCAUUAUCAUUGUGGAAGAUUGUUUACACUGAAUGAAGCUCAGUAGUAUUUGCAUUUGUAAAUAAGAAUGGAAAAAAAAUACAAAUAUUCCUUCAUGAACAGUGCACUUUUAAUUGUUUUGUGACACUGUAUUGACAAGAAAUGUUGCAUUUGAAGAAAAGUGAUUUGAUUUCAGAAUGCAUAAAUUCAACAUUUAAAAAGGUGGGUGGAAGUAGCACAAAUUCUUUUGCUAACAGCCUUGCCAAGGAAAAUUAUAUUUUGAAAGAUGUAACAAUGAACCAUUUGUUCCUAUCCAAGUGUGGUGGAAACUACAAUUGGUGAAGCAGGGCUUGAGCUGCCAUAAUCAUUAACAGCAAAGCUACAUAAAUGUAUUUUUGUUUUCCAAGGUCAAGUUUAACAUGCAUCCGUCACAAUUGAAGUUAUCAGUAAACACAUCAGAAGUCUUUUUAAAAAAGAAACCCAGUGAUUUAGUGCUUGUUUCCGAAGCCAGUAAUUAAAAAUUGGCACCAUUCUGCAAACUUGUUUUGCUACAGUGGUUAAUCUUUAUUUGACCAGUGUACCCAGAUGCAGUUCAAGGACAAGACAUUGCGCAGAAUUACUUGGGUCACGAUUUACACAAUUGUACUGUGUCUGUGUAUUUGUGCCAGUGAAAUCAUGAAUGUCAAGUUAAGUGGAAUGUUGCCAUCUUAAACAAAAUACAACUAUUUUACCAAA